AUUAAACGGAAACAAAGUGUCAAAGUCCACUAUGAACACGGGGCGAUUUCGAGCAGCCGAGAAGCCUAUAAAUACUUACAAACUCCACAAGACACCAGUAUCCAACCCUUCGAUCAAAGUCUUCAUUGGCACCAAGAGAGUCCAAGAUUUCCAAUGGCCAUGAUUAGCGGUGCACAAGGAUGGGUAUCUUUAGGGCCAUGGGGAGGGAAAGGUGGUGAAUAUUCGGCUUACAAGGCCGAGGGGCCUAUAAUGCAGAUAACAAUUCGUCACGGAGAUGUUAUCGACUCAAUUUUAUUCGAAAGCCAAAGCUGGAAUGGCAAUGUUAUUGGAAGCUCCGUGAAAAUUGGCGGUACCGGCGGCAGUUUGUCUUCAAAGUUCCACAUCGACAGUUCAGUAGAGCGACUCACAUCCAUAAGCCUGACGUACAAAGACUACCAUGGACAACCCAUAAUCACAUCUCUCUGUUUUGGAACAAAUAUUGGGAACAAAUAUGGGCCUUUUGGUCCGGGAUCAGGUGCUUCUGUGUCCAUUCCAAUAGAAGAUGGAUUCAUCGCUGGAUUCCAUGGACGUGGUGGAAGCUUCCUUGAUGCUAUUGGUAUAUUUGUGGCACCCAAGGGAAAUGUUGGCAAUGAAGGAGGAUGCAUAUCUUUAGGGUUAGAGGGAGGAAAAGAAGGUGCAUAUUGGGCUUACAAGGCCGACGAGCCUAUAAUGGUGAUAAGUAUUCGUUAUGGAGAAGCUAUCGAUUCAAUUUUAUUUCAAAGUAGAACCGGCAAUAAACUUGGACGCUCUAUGAAAAUUGGCGAUAACGGUGGCGGAACGACUAAAACGUUCUCCAUUGACAGUUCAGUAGAGCAAAUCUCGUCCAUAAGCCUAACAUACGAAAAGUUCUAUGGAUCCGGAGAAGUGACAAUCAUAUCCCUCAGUUUUGAGACAAAUAUUGGGAACAAAUAUGGGCCUUUUGGUUCGAGAACGGGUACUUCUUCUGUGUCCAUUCCGAUAGAAGGUGGGGACUUCGCUGGAUUCCAUGGACGUGUUGGAGUCUACCUUACUGCAAUUGGUGUGCUUGUAGCACCCAAGCAUGUACCAAAGUGAAAAGUCAGAUUCUACGCCAACCCAGCAUAGCACAAGGGAAGCAAAAGUUUGGUCCGUUUGGAGGAUAUCUAAUAGGCACAUACUUUUCUUCAAUAUUGUUGACUGUUGGGAAGGCGAGGUCGGUUUCUUCGGCAGGAGUAACUCUUAUAUUCACAUGCCGUGGGAGUUCGAUCACUUAAGUAUUUAUCUUUCAAUAUUUGUAAUAAUUGCAUUUCCGUUCCGACCUUGAUACGGUCCUAGACUUUGAUGGCCAAAUUACGCGUCUUCAGUUAUGCGGAUGCGCUAAAUAAUGCCCCUGGGGCACUUGGUUAAGGGCAAUAAAUAGGCUUGUAAUCUGUAUUGUAUUGUAAUAAAUGGUGUGUGAUCUGUAAUUACUUUUUACUUUUUUCAUGUGGGGAUGAUUGUUCUAUUAAUUAAACUGCUGGUAUUUGUUAUUAA